AUGCCGCGCUUCCCGCACGGGGCGGUGUCGGCCGCCGCAGAGCCGGCCGCCGGCGCGGACCUCUCCACCCCUCCGGGCAGCGGAGGGAGCAGCAGCCUGCGCAGCGCGAGCGGCGGCCGGCAGCGCCUCAUCGUGUCGGUGACGUCGUGCACGACCCGCCGCAUCGCCGGCAGCGAGCCCUCCCUCGGCCGAGCGAAGCUCGCGGCCCGCCGCAGCUCAUCCGGGCUGGCGCCCCACCCGUCCGCCACCGGGAGCAGCCCGCCGGACCGGAGCCCUCCGAAGCGCGGCGCGUGCGCCGGCGCCGAGUCCUCCAAGGAGCUCGCCGGCUCUCGCACGGACGCUUCGGCUCCGGUCGCCUCUGAGGGCCGCAUCUCCCUCUCGGGCCGGAUGUCCUCCUUCGACGAGGGCAGCGGCGACGAGACGGGAGCGCUCGUCCCCUCGGGCGGCAGCGGGCGGCGGCAGCAGCUGGUCGACGUGGCAAUCGAGUGGCCCGAGCUCGGCAUCAAGGUCGACAGCUUGCUCGGCGACGGGAUGCAGGCGCUGCCCGCCUCGCAGCUGCUGCAGCACGACCAGGCGCCUCUCAUGAGGCUGGUGCGAGAGAGGGUUGCCAGGCUGCGCAAGCUCGCGGGCGCCGCGGAGGCCCAGCCGAGUGCGGGUUACCAGGUCUUUGUCGAGACGGGAUCGAGCUUCUUGAGCUGGCUCGAGCGGCUCCCGAUGUCGCAGCGGCUGCUCAUCUUCAGCUGCCUCCUCGAGGCGCUCCUGCUGCUCAUCUAUGGCGAGCUCCCUCGCCGCGCGGCCGAGGCUGACACCGCCCUACGCGUGCUCUCGUUUGUCGACGCGGCCAACUAUGCGAGGAGGCUGUACAAGGCCGUCUCCUCACAGCCCGAGGUGUCGGGGCAGGCGACGCGUGCCGCAUGCCCGCUCGAGUGCGACGGCGACGGGUGCGACAAGUCCGGCUCGCUGGGGCCCAACGCCACCGCCGCGGAGCUCCGCGUGGCGUCCAUCCUAGCCGACCAGAGCGGCGGCGGACGGUGGCCAAUCUUGGAGGCGGGGCGCACUCUCUUGCGGCGGGCGGCGGUGAACGGCAGCAGCGAGCCGGAGGCGUAUGCGUCCGAGAUCCGAUUCGGCGGUAUGGCGCAGCUGUCGGCACCGGAUGCGGAGGCGCUUCAGGCGACGAUACAGAGCACGGUUCCGGAGAUGAUGGGCCCAG